UGCGCGAGUGGCACUCCGUCGCUGUCAGGUGAGUGCGCCGCCGCGGGUCACUGAGUGGAGCUCCGCCGACGCAGGAUAUUGCUCUCGUGAAGAAUUCACAUUUUGGGACUGUUUGAACACAUUUCAUCGACAUCCCAGCACCUUUUCAAAAGCUCCUGCUGGUUCUCCAGAAUGUUCUCUUUGAGGAAAGUCUCUUGUAGGUAGCAAUCAAUCAAAGUGGACUGUGACGUGGAGAUGGUCACUUGGGCUGCUUUGCUGACAGUAUGCAUAUGGAUACAAACACAAACUGCCUCAGGACACCACACAUGUCCUUCUGCUCCUCGCAGUCUGGUGGACUUCACUGUAAAAUACUCCCUCCCCCACUUCCAAUCAGACAGUCCUAUACAGAACAUAGCAGUGCAGAGGAAGCCGCAUUUGCCAGAGGUGUAUGUUGGAUGCCAGAAUGUAAUAGAGGCAGUCAACUAUACUAUGAAAAAAAUAUGGGAAGUGAGAACUGGACCUGUCGGCAGUCCAGAAUGUAAAACCUGUCAGGCGUGUGACAUAGAAACAGAUCCUGGGGAUCCAGUGAAUACGGACAAUGAGGUUCUGCUUUUGGAUCCUGCCGAAUUUCUCUUUCCAUACUUGUACAUUUGCGGGAGUACUCAGCAUGGGAUCUGUCACUUCAUCGACAUUACCUCUACGCAGCCUGAGCCUCAGUGUUUAUACAAAAAAGAGCAAAACUCUCCAUCCAACUGUCCCGACUGUCUGGCCAGCCCGCUUGGCACCAAAGUCGCCAUCGUCGAACAGGGGACCACAACGUUGUUCUUCGCAGCAGCCUCUGUCAAUGACAAAGUGGCACAGAGGUAUCCUAGGAGGUCAAUAUCAGUGGUGAGGCCACUUUCAACUGAAGAUGGCUUUCAUAUGGUCAUGAAUGGCCUGACAGUGCUCCCCAGUCUACAAGACUCUUACAGGAUUGAUUACAUCUACACCUUCUCUACCAAGGAGUAUGUCUACUUUCUGUCCCUGCAAAGAGACAAUCCCUUAAAGAGCAAUUCAGCUUUUCAGACUCGUCUUGGACGACUGCCAAUAUUAAUUCCUGAGGUGUGGAUGUACAGAGAGGUUGUCCUGGAGUGCCGAUACGAACCAAAACGCAGGAGGAGACGGAGAGAGGGUUUCAGGGACAUUGUGUAUAACGGACUACAGGCGGCCCACUUUGGGCGAGCAGGGAAGGACUUAGCCGAUGAGCUGGGGGUGGACGGGAAAGAAGAUAUUCUGUAUGGGGUAUUUGCAGAGGUGAAUGAGCAUGGUCAGCCUCAAAAAAACUCAGCCCUGUGUGCCUUCUCUCUGACUAAAGUAAACCAUGCGAUUGAUUUGGGGGUGGAGGCCUGCUGUAAGUCAGGUACAGAGCAGCUGUCCAGAGGUCUCUGCCACUUCCAGCUGUGCCAGAGCUGCCCACAUGAAAGCUCUGAAGGUAAUGACACAUGCAGCGACAUGCCCACUCUGGUGUCAAAGCCAUACUACAGAGUAGAUCUCUUCAACAGGCAGAUGAGAGAUGUCCUGUUCACCGCUGUCCUGGUCACCACUAUGGGGAAUCGCACGCUGGGCCACUUCGGUACCUCAGAUGGCAGGAUACUGCAGGUGAUUCUUUCCACGUACAGGCCUAUCGUUUUUGCCAACUAUUCUCUGGGAGAGACCGCAGUAUCCAGGACAGCAGCUGUGUACUCAGAGUAUUCACUUCUCUUUGUAGUUGGCAAUAAGCUGUUCAGGGUGCCCUCUACCGGACCAGGGUGUGCACAUUUUAUGACAUGCUUCAUGUGUUUGACUGCUCCACGCUUCAUGAACUGCGGCUGGUGUUCGGGAAUCUGCUCGAGGCGGCAUGAAUGUACCUCGCAGUGGAACACAGACUCUUGUGCACCUGUAAUAACAGAGUUUUUCCCUAAAAUGGCACCUGCUGGUGGUGAGACAGAAGUGACAUUGUGCGGCAGGGAGUUUCAGUCUCCUCUGCGACCUGCCAUCAUCAGCGGCAAAACCCAUAUCAUCACAGUGGGCUCUGGGACCUUGUGUACUGUCCUGCCUGAAAAGAGUAGUAGUGAAGUGCUGGUAUGCAAGAUUCAGGAAAAAAGACCAAGCCAGAACCUUAACAUCACUCUGGAAGUGCACGAGGGGAAAGUGGAGGGCUGCUACUCAAUUGAAGGCAUAGCUCGGAAGCUUGGCUUCUCUUUUGUGGAGCCUAGCAUAACAGAAAUCAGACCUGACUAUGGGCCCAUGUUUGGAGGAACAACGGUUACACUGAUUGGCAGAUAUCUGGAUUCUGGGAUACAGAGAGACGUCUUCUUUGCUAACAAGAAGUGUAACAUUCAGAGUGCUGCUGAAAGAAGUGGGAGUUUAUCUUCAGUUGUCUGCCACACAGCAGCUGCAUCGGGUGUCGGGAAAGUACCUGUGAAAGUUGUCAUUGACAGCUGUCAAGUAACCACCACUAAGAAGUUCUUCUACAGGAAAAACCCUAAUAUAACCUCUGUUACCCCUCAUUGCAGUUUCAGAGGGGGCUCCAAGCUGGUGAUACAAGGUCAGAAUCUUGACUCUGCCCACAAAACUGUGGUUCAGUACACUUCCAAAAAUCCACACAUGCGAUCCCUUCAACAAGUCUGUAACGGCACACCAAGUGCCACUCAUAUGGAGUGCUGGACACCUGUUUUUCAAGAGGAAAUGCCAGAGGAAAAGUCUGACAUCGGAGAGCUUUGUAUUCAUAUGGAUGGAGGAAGUAACCUCUGGAAGAAACGUUUUGACUACCACCCUGAUCCCUUGGUCAUUCCCUUUGAAAAUGAUGACAAUAUAUUACUUCUAAAACCAGGAGAGACAGAAGUUUCACUGCAUCAUAGCAAAUUGAAUACAGUGAGCACGUGUAUGAAGAUCAAAAUGACUAUCGGUGGUGUGGACUGCAACGUUCAGGUUCUGUUAAAUGAGUUGACAUGCAGGAUUCCUAAAGGCCUGGUUAUCCCCAGCGAGGGAUCAGCUGUCAGGGUGUUUGUGAACGGGGAAAUGUUUGAUGUGGGUACAGUAGUCUAUGAUGACAACAACACUGUGAUUGUGGGCAUCGUGCUGGGCAUCAUUGCUGCAUUGGUAGUAGGUGCUGGCCUUGCAUUAAUUGUGAUGAUCCACAUAAAGAAGAAAAAAAGAGCCAACAUAGAAAAUCGUUUAUCAACAAUGCUUUCACGGAACCGCAUGGGAAGCAACUCUGAUUUCUCACCAACAGGUGACUACAGACGAGUGGAUCUGUCCAGUCAAACAUCAGGUUCAGGAGGAAUGGCCUUCCAAGGUUUAUUAUAUGCUGCCAGCUACGAUCAUCUGUCCAUUCCUUUAUUGCCACGGGACAAUAUCUCAAUGGUCAGCCUGAGUUCUGAUCUCCUCGAAGAGGUCAAAGACGUGCUGAUCCCUGCUGAGAUGCUCAGAAUUGAGGAUAGCCAGAUAAUUGGCAAAGGCCACUUUGGGACAGUUUAUCAUGGAUACCUGAUAGACAGCAAUAAGCAAGAGACCCACUGUGCUGUAAAAUCGUUAAACAGGAUCACAGAUUUGGGGGAGGUGGACCAGUUCCUCAGAGAAGGCAUCAUCAUGAAAGGUUUCCACCACCCUAACAUCCUGUCUCUGCUGGGCAUCAUGCUGCCUAAAGAAGGACUCCCUCUGGUGGUACUACCGUAUAUGAAGCAUGGGGAUGUGCGUCAUUUCAUCCGUUCUGAAAAAAGGAACCCAACAGUGAAAGACCUGAUUGGGUUUGGGCUUCAAGUUGCUAAGGGGAUGGAGUAUUUGGCCCAGAAAAAAUUUGUCCACAGAGACCUGGCUGCACGUAACUGCAUGCUGGAUGAAACCUUCACAGUAAAGGUGGCUGAUUUCGGCAUGGCGAGGGACAUCUAUGACAAGGAAUACUACAGCAUUCAAAAUCACAAACGGGCAAAGCUGCCGGUGAAGUGGAUGGCCAUUGAAAGCCUGCAAACACAGAAGUUCACGACCAAGUCCGAUGUGUGGUCAUAUGGCAUCUUAAUGUGGGAGCUGUUGACCAGAGGUGCUAGCCCAUAUCCAGAUGUGGACCCCUAUGACAUCACACACUACUUGUUGAAGGGACGUCGGCUUCUACAGCCACAGUUUUGCCCUGAUACUCUCUAUUCAAUCAUGCUGACAUGUUGGGACCCAGAGCCUGAGUGCAGACCCAGCUUCCACAGCCUGGUUACAGAAGUACAACACAUCCUGUCCUGUCUGGAAGGAGAGCACUACAUCAGUCUGAAGGUUACCUACGUCAACUUAGACCAGCCAAGACCUUACCCCUCCCUAACUGGAUCUGCAGAUGAGGCUGAGGCCUCAGAUUUGGACACAGAUAGCCAUGCUGCCAGCUGAGUGUCUCAGACUCUCGACAGGAACAGGAUCCGGAUCAUAGCCGGAAAGCGUAGUAGGUCGUUGAUCAUGUCCACAAGCCUGAGCGUAUGGAAGGUCUGCCUGCUGAUUAAAGACACUGUAGGUACUACAAACUCUUACUGAAGCUGAAACAAAAUCACGCAGGAAGUUCCCGAUCCUACUAUAUUUUAUUUGUAGCAAAACAGAGACAACAUGAGGAUUGAAGUAAAUGUUUUUAUUGUUUUCCUAACAUCGGUAGCACAAGUGUGAAUGAGACAAAGUGAAUGUAACGUGCUUUUGUUCUCAGAUUUACAGAAAAGGAUGUCAGUGUACAUAAGGAUAGUUUAUAUAUUCUCUAAGUCAGGGUGUCAGACUGUUAGACAUCAGGGCCUGUGAAUGCUGACUUAUGCUCAACGGUAAACAUUCCUCUUUUUUUUCUCACAUUUUUCUUGCUAUAUGGGAACAUAAUAUAGAUUAUAUCACUUCAUAUAGGCUAUAGAAUGUCAACUUAAUACAAGGGUACGUGUACAUGUGAAAUCAGCAUACUGGAUGCAGGACAACCCAUUUGAAACUCAAAACCUCUGCACCUGCUGAAUUAUACAGUGAGCUUGCUGUGCUGUUCACAUAUCAACUGUACCUGUCAUUAUCACUAGAGGGCAACCAAACCCUCCUUCUAAAGCAAUACUUGAGUUGCUGCUACAGUGACGCCCUGCACUACAGCAGACAGCUCAACACAAAGGUGUAACACAAACAGUGCAACUCAACUUAUCUCCUGAGAUGAUUGGACAAAUUCAAUCAACACAGCAAAACAAAUGGCACAUUCUGGGGGAUGUCUUUGUUUCUAGAAUGUAAUUAAACUGAUCUCCACAGCAAAGUAGAGUAGACAGUCCAAAGCAUCUUAUAAUUUUGGCAUUUAUUUCUUUUCUCUUGUUUUUUACUUUCAGGCUGAUAAUGCAGUAUGGUUCUACCAAAGAAAUUGUUUAUGUUGACCAUCAAUCUUUCUACCAAUGAAUUUGGUUCUGAUAUGCUUGAUUUUUGUUAUUGCUGCAUUUCUUUCCUUCCUUUUAAGAUCGAGCUGUGCUUGGGUUUGCACUCCAAAUGAAUACAGCUUAUUGAACAUACUUGUUUCUAAAAUGUGUCAACAAAUGAAAUGCCUCCCUAGACUUGUUUUUUCUAACCUCGUCCUGAAUAAACACUAAGAAAGAAUCUCACUGCAAAUGGGCAAACUAGAUAGUUCCACCUAAAAAAUAAACCUAAAAUCUUAUUCUUAACUGUUUUUUAAUGGUAUUCUUCUAAACAAGUUGUUCACGCAAGUGGAUCAUUAGAGCCAGUGAAGAAAUAAAGACACUGAGUGCAAUGACACAGGUCUGAGGCAGUACAGCUCUUGUUCUUUGCCAAGUGGAAGAGAGGAAAAACACACAUUGUUAGAGGUCUAUAUUUUGUCAGCCCAACUAGAGUGAAAACUGCAUGCUUCUGCCUAAUCUGUGUAUCUAGCGUUUGUAAUACUCUAUGAAUAAUUUAUGGAUCUAAAAAGAGACUUUUUUAUCCCUUGCCUUCAGGUUCUGAUAAGGUGGCAGUAAUAAUGACAAGCUCUGGUUGUGUUCAGGUAAAGGUUCAGGAUUUGAAAACUAGGUGAUGUUUCCAGCUAAAGACUGAACAGAAAGCCAAAUUGGUAUUUUUUGCUGAGAACAAUCGUCACAUGAGAGAUUUACUUUUAUUUAGGACAUACAGAAGCAAACAUAGGAUGCAAUGUGCCUAAAUGUUUACUGGUGAGUUGAGGAUCUGGUUACUGCUGUAUUCAUAGACUGCACAUGAUUAAGAGGAGGUGAAGUGGGGGGAAAGAAGGGUUAGACAAUAAAUAAACAUUAUGAGUUGUACAUGGACCCACAGUGGGGAAAAUACACAGCAUGUUCCUAUACCUCAGCCCUUUAGGUCACCAAAUGUAAAGGCUCCCAGAUGCCAUGAAAUAACCUUAAGUCUUUAAAACAAGUCUCUGACUAAAUUUCUGGACUCUUCUUGGUGUCCCCUUGCAAAUUGAUCUCAUGAUUAAUUUGCUACUGCAACUUCUGGGAUUGUAAUAAUGUCGUUAGCAUUUAAAAUCAAAUUUGGCGUGAAAUAAUGACACUGGCAUUGAAAUCAAAAUUUGAAAUGAAAGAGGAAGGAUUGGCAUCAGCUUUGGGAAAGAAAAAGUUUUGAAAAUUAGCAUCAUCAAUUUUCUUCUGUUCUGUUUUGACCACGAAUCUGUUUUUCUUAUGAUUUUUUAAUUAUUUUAUUUUGUUUUAUCUUACUUUUUUAGUUUUUUCAAUGCCAAUGUUUCCCUUUUCUGUUCAGGUUUUGAUUUCAACACGGAAAACGAAUUUGUGCUGGCCAACUUCGAGGUUUGAUCCUUUAAACAGACAUAUUGUAAUACAGUAAAUGUGAAGUAUUUUUGUAAGGGAGAAAGUAAGCAUGCUCAGUCAAAAUAUGUGUGGAUUAACAAGUGUGCUGGCAGGCUUCAAGUGAAACAUUGGUGACUUUAUAGCCUCCAAUUGCUGCUUUUUGAAGCAAAAAAGAGCUGAUGACCAAAAUAUGUUGAUUUUGUUGGUGCACAGCUUAAAGGCAGAGCCUGCAAUUUAUUUGGCAUUGCACUUUCAUAAAGCUGGGGGACUUGCAAGGGACACAUUAAAAGAAAAAGCUGGUAAGUACAGUCGCACCAUUAUGAUGUAAAUGUGGCGUGAAUUCAAGUCAAGAUAACCUGGAUGACAUCACCAGGGUUAUUUUCUCAUGCUUUAGAAAAUGCUUCCAGAGCCACAGAAAAAAAACAAUAUACAGUUGUUUUCACAGGCUAAGCAGUACUCCCCAGUGCAAAUUGGCUUUCAUGAGUAAUAUUUCCCUCUAAAGAAGUUUGUUUCCAUAGGAGCAAAUAAUUAGCUGAGGAAUGAUUGAACCAACCAUCAAUGAAUCAACGCCUUGUUCUCAGAAAGAAGUUCCUGAGCACCUACACCAAGUUUCAGCUGGUCUAUUUAUUCAGAAUCACCAGAUAUACUCCUCCCCACUCUUACAGAGACACACAUGCGCACAGACACAAACACACACACACACAAACAGAGCUCAUUCCCAACUCAGUGGCACAGUGAGAGAAUAGCUGCACUGAGAGCGGACCCCAAAAGUGUCUGGUCUAAAAUUCCUUUUGUUGUUUUCAAGUGUAUAUAUUUAUAAAUAUUUUACACUUUCAUUUGGUUUCUGGUUUUUAAGCAGGGUUCGGUUGGAAUCUGUGAAACUGCACAUAUCAUACAGCAGCUGUUGUGUGAUCAUGACAAACAGGCAAAGGGAAAAGAAACUAGCUAGUCUUGGCUAGCUGUUUUCCGCCAAGACUUACACAAAUUUAACCUCCACAGAUGGGAGAAUACAAGAAAAAUAGCCAGUUAGCACUGUCAGUGUAGUUGCCAAAGUUUAAAUCUUAAACUAUAGAUAAGUGGUGUAGGAACAUAAGGAAACUGGAACUGGGUUCACAAUCCUCUUAUAUGUACAUCUUUUUUUUUUUCUAGCCAGGACCUUUAGUGAUGAAUAAGAAUGGACCACUGCUUUUAAAGUGCCAAACAUGAUUGUUGCCAAUUUGGCUUAACUGAAGGUGAGUUGAGUGAGCUGUAGCAAGAUAACAAGACUAGGUAUAAACCUAGUAUAUGGCUGAACCACUGUUUAUCUGUUUGCUUCUCUCCUACUCUCUUUGCUCACAUAUACAUUAA